GCACUAGCCAGUAGCUAGCCACCGCCACCAUGGCUUCUCCUAAGCUUCUCCUCCUCGUCGCCACCUUCCUGACGAGCUGCGGCCUCCUCCUGGCGGACUUCGCCCCGAUGACCCUGACCGUGGUGAACAACUGCGCCUACCCGAUCUGGCCCGGCAUCCAGGCGAACGCCGGCAGCGAGGUCCUGGAGGGCGGCGGCUUCUACCUGCCAGCGCUCUCCCACCGCUCCUUCCCGGCCCCGACCAGCGCCUGGUCGGGCCGCAUCUGGGCGCGCACCGGCUGCACGCCCGAGGGCGCGGACCAGCUCCGCUGCGCCACGGGCGACUGCGGCGGGCGGCUCCAGUGCGGGGGCCUCGGCGGCGCGUCGCCCGCCACGCUGGCGCAGGUCUCGCUCCACGGCAACAACGACCAGUCCUUCUACGGCGUGAGCGUGGUGGACGGCUUCAACGUGGGGCUGUCGGUGACCCCGCACGAGGGCCGCGGCAACUGCCCCGUCCUGGCCUGCCGCAAGGACCUGACGCAGAGCUGCCCCAGCGAGCUCCAGGUGCGCGGGUCCGGCGGCGUCGUCGCGUGCAAGAGCGGCUGCGAGGCGUUCGGCACCGACGAGCUGUGCUGCCGCAACGCGUACAACAGCCCGGCGGCAUGCCGCGCGUCGCAGUACUCGCAGUUCUUCAAGAACGAGUGCCCGCAGGCCUUCACCUACGCGCACGACAGCCCCUCCCUCACCCACGAGUGCUCCGCGCCGCGCGAGCUCAAGGUCAUCUUCUGCCACUAG